GCCCCCUCCGUGUGUUAUUGCCCUUUGGUCAGACUGUGCAGGUUCCAUGCUGUGUCUUAAUUAUAGGACGACCAAGGAUAACUUAAAGAUGGAUGCCUGGUGUCUCACCUUUUUUGUUGUGUUCUCGGUAUGUGUUUCUGCAGACAACACUAACACCACAGUGGUAAUGAAUAUGGAGACAUUCAUCACUCUGGUACAAGACAUUGAGUCUAGUUUACCAGACUCAUCUGCUCGCGUAGUGGCCAAACAACUGCUUCAUGCAGCCAAAUCUCCAGACUACACAGGUCAUCUUUCCAAGACACAGGUCAACAGAGGCCAGAUCCUGCUCUCUCACGAAAUCAUGCGGUCAAAUGAAACAGGAUGCCAAGAGAAAGGAGUAGUAUUAGCUCCAGAUGGUAGUACAGUGGCACCAAGUGCACUGCUUAGGGCAGUGAUAUGGGGUUGGAAACAAGAUUCAGACUGUAAACAAGUGCAGUCUGAAAAUAAAGAAUUAGUGUUGGAAAGAAACAAUUCAGAGCACGAGCUCAAGAAUUACAUUGGUCACAUGAAUGCAGAAUAUUCAUGUGACCAUUGGUCAUCUUCUAAUGACCAGCAGGGAUUUAGCAUUGAUUCUCUUGAUGAUGUCCUCCCCAUCACUUUGGCUACUUCAUUGGGGUUCGCUUUUCUAGCUCAUGGAAUGACUCUUGACACACCGCUAACAACUACUGAUGGGUGCUGGGACUCCAUCUCUGCUCCCAGGUUCUUCCAACUGCAAAAUGCCCCGUCCCACGGUGAUUUGACACUGGCUUUUAUAAAUGGUGCUAUGGAUGGUACUAUACUAGGCAAAAGGCUUAGAGAUGAGCCCAAGGAUCUACGUUUGAGCACACUUCUUCAGGAUUAUUAUGGAGGAAAGCCUUCCAGGAGCCCCUUUAGAAGGCAAGAAUUCAACAAAAUACUCGAAGGAGAAGAUUUAGAAGUGGCAAUACUGAGAGGAUUUCAUUGUUAUAGGAAUUCAAAAUUAGGCUGUGGCCUGCACAAUAUCACAGAAGAUCAUUUGAAUUCUGUUAUUGCUGUUGCAGUGAGGGAGUUCAAACAUAAUUUUCUAGAAUGUCCAUCUAUAAUUCCUCGCUGUAUGUGGAGAGCGAAGCCAUACAAUGGAAAUCCUACACUAUUGAAAACUCCACUUUCUCAGAUAUAUAUCCAUCAUACCUACACACCCUCACAACCAUGCACCUCCUUCCAGGACUGCAGUAAGGAUAUGCAGAGUAUGCAGAACUUUCAUCAGCAAGACCGUGGCUGGGAUGACAUUGGGUACAGCUUUGUGGCUGGGUCAGAUGGGUACCUAUAUGAAGGACGAGGGUGGCAUUGGGUUGGAGCCCACACUAAAGGCCAUAACACUGUGGGUUAUGGAGUGAGCUUCAUUGGAAAUUUCAUGAGUUUACUGCCUGAGGAACCCAUACUAAGUGUGGUAAGGGAUCGCUUUCUUCUAUGUGGAGUCAAAUCUGGGUACAUCUCUCCCAACUACAUAUUGAAGGGCCAUCGACAACUGGUCAACACCUCUUGUCCAGGAGAUUCAUUGUACCAAGAGAUACAAAAAUGGGAGAACUUUAAGGAGUCCUGAGAAGAUUGUAGAAUGUCAUCAACCUUAAUUUUAACAGCUAAUGUUGUACACAUGCUCUGUUUGCAUCCAAUAAAAAUUGGUAUUUCAAAUUA